UUCUCUGCAACUACUUCUCUUCCUUUGGAGUCUCACUCCCUCCAGAUGGGCUGUAUUGAUUCCACUUUGUCCACAGAAGAUCCUCAUCUCUGAAGUCUGAACAGAUCGGUAGAAACCCACAAUCUCUAUGGCCUCAAGCAGCUGCGCUUCUCUCUGUUCUUCUCCUCCAUUACCAAGAAGAACACCACCCAUUAAGCAAAACCCAUGCCUCAACUCUCCUCCAAAGCUAUACUUCUCCAGGAAUCCAAAUCAUUCAUUCUUGGACUCUCCAAUCUAUAUCUUCCAUUCCCGGCUGGUUACACCAUCCAAUUUAAUCUCUAAAGCAUCCAUCACUGCAUCAGAGUCGUCAAAAUCAGAGAACGAAGGUAAAGGAGGAGGAGAAGGAGAAGAAGAGGAAGAAAAAUACGAAGAGUAUGAGGUAGAAUUGGAUCAGCCAUAUGGGUUGAAGUUUGUGAAGGGCAGGGAUGGAGGAACCUACAUUGAAGCCAUUGCUCCGGGAGGCUCAGCCGAUAAAACUGGAAUGUUCACUGUUGGGGAUAAAGUACUUGCAACCAGUGCUGUGUUUGGACCAGAAAUAUGGCCUGCUGCUGAGUAUGGGAGGACCAUGUAUACCAUCCGUCAGAGAGUUGGCCCCUUACUCAUGCGAAUGCAAAAGAGAUACGGGAAAGUAGAAACUAGGGUUGAUCUUACUGAGAAAGAGAUUAUCAGAGCUGAGAGGAAUUCUGGUGUGAUCAGUAAUAGAGUGAGAGAUAUUCAAAUGCAAAAUUAUUUGAGAAAAAUUGAACAAAAAGAACGCAGAGAAAAGGAGCUUCGUGAGGGGCUAAUGCUUUACAAAGAUGGGAAAUAUGAAGAAGCACUGGAGAAGUUUGAAUCAGUAUUGGGAUCAAAACCAGAACCAAACGAAGCUUCAGUAGCAAGUUACAAUGUAGCUUGUUGUUAUUCCAAACUCAAUCAGAUACAAGCUGGACUCUCAGCACUUGAAGAUGCUCUAGAAGCUGGAUAUGAAAAUUUCAAGAGAAUUCGGACAGAUCCUGAUCUGGCCAACAUGAGGACAUCGGAAGAAUUUGAGCCUCUACUGAAAAGAUUUGAUGAGUCUUUUAUCAAUGAGAAUGCCAUCAAUGCUAUCAAAUCUAUUUUUGGCAUAUUCAACAAGAAUUAGGCCAUGAGUUCACAUCGCAAAGUCCCAAGGCCUGCCUCGGCCAUCAUUCAACUCGCAGAUAUGUCAAAGCAUAAAUGGGAUCAGUCAAGCCACUUCAUUUGUCAAACCAUGACUCUCUCUCUCUCUCUCUCUCUCUCGUUGAAUUAUUUCAUCUAUGGAUCAUUCUAAGAGGAAUGUUGCAGAGAAGAGGUCCAGAAACAUUAAUUUUUUC